AAAGCGACGAAGAAGAAGAAGAAGGGGGAGGAGGAGGGAGGAGGUUCUUAUUUCUGAUUCAGUUUCACCUCGGAGGGAAACUACAGGAUGGCACAGUGGGGUGCCAUAUUCUCCAUAAUCGCUGCUCUGGGAGGCGCUGCGCUGUUAGCCUCUGUGCACAAGAUCGACGAGGGACACACCGGAGUUUACUACAGGGGAGGGGCUCUUCUCACCUCCACCAGUGGUCCUGGUUUCCAUUUAAUGCUUCCGUUCAUCACUACGUACAAAUCCGUUCAGACGACGCUGCAGACGGACGAGGUGAAGAACGUACCAUGCGGCACCAGUGGAGGCGUGAUGAUCUACUUUGAUCGCAUAGAGGUGGUGAACUACCUCGUUCCUUCUGCAGUGUACGACAUCGUGAGGAACUUCACCGCAGACUACGACAAAGCCUUGAUAUUCAACAAAGUUCACCACGAGCUCAACCAGUUCUGCAGCGUUCACUCUCUGCAGGAGGUCUACAUCGGCCUGUUCGACCAGAUCGAUGAAAACCUGAAGCUGACGCUGCAGGAGGACCUCACCUCCAUGGCCCCGGGCCUCAUCAUCCAGGCGGUUCGCGUCACAAAGCCAAACAUCCCAGAGAGCAUUCGCAGGAACUACGAACUCAUGGAGAGCGAGAAGACGAAGCUGCUCAUCUCCCAGCAGACGCAGAAGGUGGUGGAGAAGGAAGCGGAGACGGAGAGGAUAAAGGCCGUGAUCGAGGCUGAAAAAGUGGCUCAAGUGGCAGAGAUCAAGUUCGGGCAGAAAGUGAUGGAAAAAGAAACGGAAAAGAAGAUCUCAGAGAUCGAAGACGGAGCGUUCCUGGCCCGGCAGAAAGCCAAAGCAGACGCAGAGUUCUACACGGCGCAGAGAACCGCCGAGGCCAACAAGCUCAAACUGACCCCGGAGUACCUGCAGCUGAUGAAGUACAAGGCCAUCGCCGCCAACAGCAAGAUCUACUUCGGGAACGACAUCCCCCACAUGUUCGUGGACUCCGCAGGGAGCCCCGUCAAGGCCUCCGCCGCCGUGGACAUGGUCACCGAGCAGAUCCUGGACGUGGAUUAGUGAGUGGGACCCGGUGGGGGGGGGGGGGGGGGGACGUUCUUCUGCACACACAGGAGCCCGGCGAGGGCCGACCGGCUGGACGGCCGACCGGCUGGACGGCCGGCUGCGUCCCCUGAAGGGAGGCCUGCCCGCGCCGGCCUGUAUUUCCCAAACGACUCAGAGAAUCCAAACUAUAAGAAGUCACACUGGAAGUUUCACUGCGGUGAAAUUCUCAGAAGAGACAGCUUGAGUUUUUUAAAGCUUCGCCGUCCUUCACUUUUGUCCCGAUGAAGAGUUGCGUCCCCGAAAGGACCGACUGCAAAUGAAAUAAAGAAUAGCACCGUCUGUGGGUGAAUGAUGGCCUCCUUUAAGCUGCGCCGCAGUCUCAAGACUCCGCCGCUGCUCACCCAAGAUCAGGAGUCUGGAAACGACGCCGCGGCCUCAAACAUCUGUGAUAACCACUAAUGACUCAGCCGCAACUGAAGCAACACUACUUCAGCUGAAUUGUUCUCAUGUUGUUCACUCCCUGUUCUCCAUCUGUCACACACACACACACACACCUCUCAGUUGGUGGGUGAUUGCUUCAGUUUGUAUCACGGAGGACGAAGCUUCUUCCAAGUGAGCGAGGAACGACUUGGCAGUUGGGAGGAUUGUCACAGUUUGUCCCUUCCUCUUGAGAAGAACCUGUGAAGCUGCUCUGAAGCAGGACGAGCUGGGCUGGUGUGAGCGGCCGCCGCCCGGUCAGCGCCGCCGUGCAGGCUGGUUUUCCCUCCUCAGACAGCCUGAUGGUCACACACCCUGCCGUAGGACGAAAAGCCACCUGAACAGCUCAGCGCUGUCUCUCAAUAGUUUCCACUCACACACCUGCCUCCUCCUGCACGGUGCUGCCAUUUCAUUUUCCAUUCAAGCUGCAGAAGAGGUUUUUAUUAUUAUUAUUAUUAUUUUCUGAAUGGACUGAAAAGCUCCUGAAGCAACAGGUCGGACUGGGAUUGUAGGUGUUUUCCCGGUCGUGUGCCGCUGACGCAAACUCACCGACUGCCAUCAGCUCGCCGAUGACGAAACCUCCAACCAGACACACACACACACACACACACACACACACACACACUCACCUCCACCGACGGCUCGCUUCAGAACAUGUUUCAGAUGGAAAGACAGGGAGACAGCAGGCGCCGCGGAGUUCACUUCUUCUACUGCUUAGCUCAUUUUCACAGCCGACGUCAGCAGACAUACGUGCGUUGGAAAAGGUUUCCGACUCUUCACUCUUCUGACGUGUGACAGUUUGACCAGCAGUCACACCACGAGAGGUUUCCAUCCGUCAGGGAACUCGGCUGAUUACGCUUCAGUUUAGAGGAAGUCGCUGCACCUCUGAGGACGUCAGGCUAGCUGGGAUGGGUUUUGUGUUUUGUUUAAUUCUGACUUGCUUGGUAAAUACAGGCCCUUGAUAACAGCUGUGGACAAACGCUGGGAGGAUGAAUGUGCUCUAAUGUUUUGGAAAACCUGCAGGAUCUCCUGAAUAUAACGCCGUGUGAGGUUUCUCUGUCUGUCUGUAGCACUUCUUUACUUUCACUGAUUUUUAAGGCAGUGGAAAUUUGAAGAAUCUGCUUUUUCUUAACUGCGGAUUUCAGUCCAAACCAUACACGUUUCUAUUGUGACAGCUUCCACCUGUUUUUAAUAAAAACUCCGCGGCCCUUCACACAAUGUAAGCAGUGGGCGAUUCUCCCCGGAGGAGGAAGAAAGUCAUGAAAUCCAAAGCAGUGAAAUCUGAGGGGCUUCAUUCAGAGUGAACAAACACACAUUUUUAUUAAAUCUCAACAUGACCCGGGACCAAAAAUCCGCCUGUUCAGUGUGUGUGUGUGUGUGUGUGUGUGUGUGUGUGUGUGAGCGCCGUUGUUCUGUGUUUGUGACGACUUGUUUCUCGCUUUUGGUUUCUACAUCGCGCCGAACGCAGGCAAAUUGAUAAAUGACCAAAUUAAGUCCUCCAAAGACUUGUUUGAGCCUUAAGAAGCGACUCACUGAGUAUCUGUAGCUCCAGGGGAAGGGAAUUUGGAUGAGAUGUGUUGUUCGACAUGUUCAGGCUUCAAGUCCUGACGCCUGACGCGUUCCUUCUUCUUUUCUGUUCAUCAGAGCCACUGUGAUUAAAUCUUGACCUAAUUUAGCUUCAGCUUGUUGGAAAAACUCCUGGUACGAACCUCCAGGCUCUGACGGUGGAGCGCCUGGCUUCUGGAAGCGUCCUGCUGUAUGUUUCAUUCCACCAGACAGAAACUGACUUCACAGGCAAACCUCGUUGCACUGAUUCCAGUUGUGAAUGUACAAUCACCACGUUGUCUCCGGACAACCAGUACUGUUUUAUUCUUUAAAGAGACCAAUGGCAUUAUGAAGAGAUUUUAUUUAAAGGUGCACUGUGUUGUCAACAAUGUUUCUUAUUAUUGAUGGAAAGGUAUGAAAGUGUUUUUAAACUCAAUAAAAUUGAAAGUAU